UUUGUGUUAGGCGAAACCGUUAUCAAAUCUUUACAAGUUACUUACAACAAAUAUGGGCCAGCAAGAUCAUCGCUAUUUGACAAACCACAGCAUCGCACAAAAUGAUUUGAGGAGUGCUAUCAGCUUGAAGAAUUACGAGCAGUUCGUACUAGCCCUUGGUCGAGGAGCUGUCGUAAAUGAAAGAGAUGAAACAGAGGAACAGAGUUCCGGCUUUGAAGAGUGUUUGAAGCAGGAAGGAAUGGCGAUCUUCAUUAGAACAUGCCUUGAGCAUGGCGCUCACGUGGCAAGUUUCAAUCCAAUCAACAAGAAGUAUCCCAUCCAUCUGGCAGUAGAAACCUGUGAUGUUCAUAACCUGCAAGAGCUGGUCAAAAGCCACCUCUUACUAAUCGAUCAAAAGUUUAACGGAUGUACUGCAUUAUUAAUGCUUUUUGAGAUGCUGACAGCAGAAAAUUGGGAGAAUGUGUUCGAAUGCAUUAAGGUGUUGUUGGAACAAGGCGCCGAUAUUAACACAAGUGACCCGGAUGAAAAAUCUCCUAUCGCGAUUCUGGUGUCUGGAAAUGAUAGCUGGCGAAAACCUAUCCUAGAGUAUUGUUUCGCACACCAUUACGUCGAUGUGGAUAUCAAAAUGUCAGCUACAAACAAUGAAUUGAUACGGGAUGUCAUCCAGAACCAUUUCCCUGAUGUCGCCAUUCCUGUGGAAAAAAAGGAAUCAAAAAAUAUAUCGCUUGAAUAUCUGAGCGUAGCGCUACUGUCUUUGUCGGAAAUUGAAUUUCUGGAGUUGUAUCGGAAGUUUAGGACCACACAAGUGAUACCUGAUGACGGCUUGGAGGAAUUGCUAUAUUCGGCAGUAGCAUCAAAAAAGCUGAAGGCUAUCAAUGUGCUGCUCGAACCCUCCUUAGUCAGUGGAUCCUUAUCCGACGCUGUUAAGACGCUAUCAUGGGUACUCCACCGAAGCUGUGAGACUGGAAACGCUCUGGUGCUCGAAUGGUGUCUGAACUAUACAUCCAAAGCUGUAACUGGAACACUAUUUCCUGAUGAUUUGAUUGAUAGGAUCGAGGAUAUUUUGAGUCCUGCUGACAAAAUGACUUUGCUCUCAUUGCUGAUAGAGCAGAUGGAUCCGGCCUUAGACGCGAGUGUUUGUCCUUUUUUCAAAUGUUUGAAGCUGUUGCUCAACGAUGGUCGGAUCGAUAUCGAUAGAAAGAGAGGUUUUUUUGAAGCAACAGCACUGCACUAUGCAGCUAAGCACAAAAUUGUUCAUGUUCAAGAGCUGCUUCUCACCAAAGGUGCCACGCUAGGCGUUAUGGACUUGUUAGAAGAGAUGCCAAUCAGUGAGAUGGAUCCGAUCGUACUGGAAAAUCAUCUGGACUCUUGCGUAAUUCCUCAGUACUGGUGUCUGGGCGACAAGUCGUACCAAAUUAAGAUGGAUUUAUCAAAUUUUGUGAAGCCGUCGAAAGAAAUCCCCGGUCAAGCAACAAGCCAAAUGUUUAUUGAAAUGCUACCUAUCCUAAGACUGUCUCAGUCACUCGAUAAGAAACAUCUUUUACUGCAUCCAAUGAUACUAAUUAUACUGUUGCAGAAGUGGAGUAAACUUAAAUAUUUCUUCUACGCAAAUCUAUUGCUGUGUGCAGUGUUUACUGCAUUAUUUAUGCUCUACGUGACGCUGUUCUACGGACGUGAUGAUUCGUCAAACGUUUGGUAUUCAGCAACAUACAUAUCAUUAAUUGUACUAAUCAUUUGUAUGGCAUUGAGAGAACUGCUUCAAUGUUGUCUUAAUGCGAAAGAAUACAUACGAUCCUGGGAAAAUUAUCUUGAAAUCGCUUUAAUCGCUGGUGCUGCAUACGUAUUGUAUUUGGAUUAUAUCAACGAUGGACAAACUGCAGUACCAGCAUUGAUUGCAAUAUUACCUGCCCUCAAUCUAACUCUGCUGGUGGGAUCGCUUCCAAUAUUAUCCUUAUCAACCCACAUGGUUAUGCUGAAAACGGUUUCUAAAAAUUUCUUUGAGUGCUUUUUGCUAUACGCGAUCAUUUUGGUAACGUUUGCAGCAAGCUUCUACACAUUGUUUCGAGAAACCAAUUCAAAAGGCAAUGUAACACAGGGCAUCGAACAACAAGAGACCGUUGGCGAAAAUAUAACCGAAAUUCUGAAGUCUCUUAAGGAAUCAAUAGAUAUUCUAAACAUGAAGAUACAGAACAAAACCGGGGAUGAGGUGACGAAAACCACAUUGAAUGACGAUGAAGAACAGUCGUUCGAUACGUUUGAGAAUUUUCCUUUAUCGAUUGUAAAGACAAUCGUUAUGCUAACAGGAGAACUGAACGUAUCAGACAUGCCACUUACGGGUGUUAUACCAUACAUCAUACUUGUAAUAUUUGUGUUUUUCGUUCCGAUUGUUCUUGCGAACCUGAUCAAUGGUUUGGCGAUCAGUGAUAUAGCGGCCAUCAAAGCGGAAUCGGAGAUAAUUGGCCUUGUACAACGUGUGACUGUAAUCCACAAGCUUGAAACCGCCUUGGUAUUUCCAACAUUUCUGCAAAAUAUAACUGACCGCCUAUCGAUGCUGCGUUGCUUCAACAGAUUCAGCAUGUUUUCUAAAAUGGAUGUAAAACCUAUCAUUUGCUUCGGCUGGAAGAGAAGCAAAUAUUCAAAGGAGUUAUCCUAUGGGGUUUGGUUGAUGGUCUUCAAGUCUACCAAUCAUCCCAAGCAGACAAAUUUCUCGAACAUCUAUGAAAACUGUGAGGCAGAACGAUCUGGAAAUAACGCGGAAGACACCGAUUCAGAACGGUUUGAAAAUCAUACUAUUCCCCGAGAUAACAAAAACUAUCGAUUUAUGUCAUUGAAAAAGGACGAAAGAAUUGUAAAAUAUAUGCUAAACAUUAUGAAACAACGCCGAAAAACCAUUGAUCCAGUUGAGGAUAAGCUGACCAGGCUUGCACAGCAGCAAGAAGAAUUGAUGAACCAUAUUGCUACACUUCGCAAUGAGCUUCAUGGACUUGUCGAUUCGAUUAAGGAUAAAUUUGCACAAGAAAAACCACCAAGCUCUGUGUAA